AUGCGUCUACUAGCAUAUAACAACGAUGGCGAGUUCAGCCUAGCCGAGUUCUUUGACGACGAUAUUCCCGAGUAUGCUAUACUUUCGCACAGAUGGGGAGCGGAGGAGGUCACCUUCAAAGACGUGAUAGAUGGCACGGGCAAGAGGAAGGCUGGCUAUGGCAAGAUACGGUUCUGCGGAGAACAAGCGAGGCGUGACGGCUUACAAUAUUUUUGGGUAGACACCUGUUGUAUCGACAAAUCGAAUAACACCGAGCUCGCAGAGGCUAUCAACUCCAUGUUUCGCUGGUACCAGGAUGCGACUAGAUGCUACGUCUAUUUAUCAGACGUUUCGAGACCUCCUUUCGAUACGGACGACAAGUCCAACGAGUUACCCCGCUAUCGCAAGAACGUAUGCCACGUAUUCACACUAGGCUAGUUUGACAAUUGCACAUCAACACCUAGGUAGCGAGACGGCCAAACCGUGAGAGCUUAGGGAAAUGAUUGGCUAGUUGCUCUCGAAUUUACUGCCUCGACAUGAGUUGCAACCUCUGUCCUGCAGCUAGGGAAGCGGGAACUUAAUCUAGGGUCAAACCCGAGCCUCUAACUUGUCCUUAUAGCGUUAAUAGACUAGCACCUGGAGGCGGCGAAC